AUGAAGAACAAGGGUGCCAAGCAGAAGCUGAAACGAAAGGGAGCCGCCAGCGCCUUUGGCUGUGACCUGACGGAGUAUCUGGAAAGCUCAGGACAGGAUGUUCCAUAUGUAUUGAAGAGCUGUGCAGAAUUUAUAGAGACUCACGGCAUUGUGGAUGGAAUUUAUCGGCUUUCAGGAGUCACCUCAAACAUACAACGGCUAAGGCAAGAGUUUGGCUCAGAUCAAUGUCCAGAUCUGACAAGGGAAGUGUACCUCCAGGACAUCCACUGUGUGGGCUCCCUCUGCAAGCUCUACUUUAGGGAGCUACCCAACCCCCUCCUGACUUAUGAGCUCUAUGAGAAAUUCACGGAGGCGGUGUCCCAUUGCCCGGAAGAAGGCCAACUGGCCCGAAUCCAGAAUGUUAUCCAGGAGCUCCCCCCAUCCCAUUACAGGACCUUGGAAUACCUGAUUCGACACCUGGCCCACAUCGCCUCCUUCAGCAGCAAGACAAACAUGCAUGCCAGGAACCUGGCCCUGGUGUGGGCUCCAAACCUCCUCAGGUCCAAAGAAAUUGAAGCCACUGGUUGCAAUGGAGAUGCCGCCUUCCUUGCAGUUCGGGUCCAGCAGGUGGUGAUUGAAUUCAUACUGAAUCAUGUGGAUCAAAUCUUUAACAACGGUGCACCCGGGUCUCUGGAGAACGAUGAAAACCGGCCGAUCAUGAAGAGCCUGACGUUGCCAGCCCUCUCCCUGCCCAUGAAGUUGGUGAGUCUGGAGGAAGCUCAGGCCCGGAGCCUAGCUACUAAUCACCCUGCCCGGAAGGAAAGGAGAGAGAAUAGCCUGCCUGAGAUUGUCCCUCCCAUGGGCACCCUCUUCCACACUGUCCUUGAGUUACCAGACAACAAAAGAAAGCUCUCCAGUAAAUCAAAGAAGUGGAAAUCAAUAUUUAACCUGGGACGUUCUGGAUCAGACUCUAAAUCAAAGCUGAGUAGAAAUGGGAGUGUAUUUGUGAGAGGACAGAGGCUCUCAGUGGAAAAGGCUGCUAUCCGACCAGCUAAAAGCAUGGACUCGCUGUGCUCAGUGCCCGUGGAAGGGAAAAAAACCAAAGGAAAUUUCAAUCGAACAGUCACCACUGGUGGAUUUUUCAUUCCAGCAGCGAAAAUGCACUCGACUAGCACUGGCAGCUCAUGUGACCUCAGCAAGCAAGAGGGCGAAUGGGGCCAGGAGGGGAUGCCGGCAGGGGCCGAGGGGGGCUUUGACGUGAGCAGUGACCGAAGCCAGCUGCAGGGCGCUCAGGCCCGGGCCCCACCUGAGCAGCUGAAGGUGUUCCGACCCAUCGAGGAUCCCGAGAGCGAGCAAACAGCCCCGAAGAUGCUGGGUAUGUUCUACACCUCAAACGACAGCCCCAGCAAAUCUGUCUUUACCAGCAGCCUCUUCCAGAUGGAGCCCUCUCCCCGUCACCAGCGCAAGGCCCUGAACAUCUCCAAGCCCUUUGCUGUGUCCGUGCCACUCCGCGUGUCAGCCGUCAUCAGCACCAACAGCACCCCAUGCAGAACCCCCCCAAAGGAGCUACAGUCUCUUUCCAGCCUGGAAGAGUUUUCUUUCCAGGGCUCAGAGAGUGGAGAUUGGCCUGAAGAGAAGCCACUGGGAGUUGAGACUUCUACAGCAUCUGUACCUAAGAAGGCAGCUCUUGAGAAUAUUAAGCCAGGACCAGAUGCAGUGAGAGCGCUGGAAUGCAGCAAAGGCCUUCCCCAGGAGCCAGGCGGCCAACUGGAGAAGAAAACCUCAGAACACUCCCUAGGCUCUCGACAUUCAAGUGAAUUAGAGAAGAAGUUGGAUGCAGAGAAGGCGGUGGAGGAGGGUGGAGAGACUGGCCAGGUGGAAUCCAGCGCUCUGCAGGAGAGCCCUGGGGCCAGAGGUGAAGCAGUGUUUCUCCAUGAGAUGGAUGAAGAUGAUCUGGCCAACGCCCUGAUCUGGCCUGAGAUUCAACAAGAGCUGAAAAUUAUUGAAUCUGAGGAGGAACUCUCCUCCUUGCCACCACCUGCUCUAAAGACCGGCGCGACUCAGCCUAUUCUUGAGUCUAGUCCAGGGCCUUUUGCUUCCCCGGAGCCUCCUGGGAGCCUGCCUUGUGGCUCCGCCCCAGCUCCAGUUUCCAUCCCUCUGGAGGAGUGGACUAAGGAUCCAACCAAUCAGAGCACACAGGGCACUUCCACAGCAGCCAAUAGAGAAAAGUCGGAGACAACCAGCAUCCUCCAUAGAUCCGAGCCUGAAAAGGGCCAGGGCCCAGACCCCGCCAGCCUGACUCCUCUGGAAAUGGUUCCAUUUGAGAAGUCUCCUCCACAAGCGGCAGCGGAGGUGGUGGGCCCAGGGAAUCUGUCUCCUCUGCUCCUGCCUGCUCCUCCUCCUCCUCCAACUCCUUUGGAGGAGGCACCUCCAGUCCAGCUGUUGAAGGGUGGCCCUGAGAGAGAAGACUCAUCUGGGAAUUUGAGAACAAACCCGUAUAUAGAUCAGCUGAAGUCCAAAGGCAGCCCUGGGAUCCCCAGUCUUUGUCAGGGAGAGGAGGCCUCUUCAGAACAAAGUGAAAAGCAAUAUUCAAAGAAUGCUGCUUCUGAGGGCAAAGGUUCUAGCUUUCCAAGCCCAACCAGGGAGGUUGAGAUUUCCCCACAAGGAGAGGAGGAUGUAGCCCACUUAGUACAGGAGCCCUCAGACUGUGAUGAAGAUGACACUGUGACAGACAUUGCCCAGCAUGGCCUGGAGAUGGUGGAGCCCUGGGAGGAGCCCCAGUGGGUGACAAGUCCCCUGCACUCACCCACCCUUAAAGAUGUACAAGAGGCCCAGAUGCAGGGCCACCAGGGCCACCGAUUGGAGAAGAGGCUUUCCCACAGGCCCAGCCUUCGCCAGAGCCAUUCUCUAGAUGGCAAAACCAUGGUUAAGAGCCAGUGGACUCUUGAGGGUUCCUCCUCCAGCAGCUGUGCUAAUCUUGAAGCAGAGAGGAAUUCCAACCCUCUGCAGCCCUUGGCACCCGGGAGCGAGAUUACUGGAUGGGAUGAAAAAGCCAUGAGGUCCUUUCAAGAGUUCUCUGGCCUGAAAAGGACAGAGGUUCCUCACAACCAGAAGGGACCAGGUGGUUUGCAGCCCAAAUCAGCAGAAUCCAGCCCUGUCAGUCUAGCAGAGGGAAAGGAACUGGGGACACACCUGGGGCCACACAACCCUCAAAUUGAGCAAGGUAGUGAUCCUGGGCCAGAAAACAGCAAGGAGAAGUCACUGGGUGUGCAAGACAGCACCUCACCUGGAGAGCAUCCCCCCAAGUUACAGCUGAAGAGCACUGAAUGUGGGCCCCUAAAGGGGAAGAACAGGCCUUCUUCUCUCAACUUGGACUCUGCCAUUCCCAUCACUGACCUCUUCCGGUUUGAGAAUGUGGCCUCAUUUGGUUCACCUGGAAUGCAGCUCUCUGAGCCAGGAGACCCAAAGAUCACAUGGAUGACCUCAUCUCACUGUAAAGUAGACCCCUGGAGGGUUUACUCCCAGGACUCUCAGGACCUGGACAUUGUUGCUCAUGCCCUGACGGGCCGCCGUAACUCAGCUCCUGUGAGUGUGUCAGCUGUGAGAACCUCAUUCAUGGUCAAAAUGUGCCAGGCCAGGGCAGUCCCAGUCAUCCCACCCAAGAUUCAGUACACCCAGAUCCCACAGCCCCUGCCCUCUCAGAGCUCAGAGGAGAGUGGGGCUCAGCCCCUGGAGAGGAACCAAGAGGAACCCGGCUCAACUGGUGGGACCUCUCAGAAACUUGCCCAAGAUGAUUCUCUCUCCUCCUUGGAAAGCCCAAAGGAAGAGAAACCAAAGCAAGAUACAGGAGCCAUUGAGUCCUUGCCAAUGGAUGCCACUGCAUCUCGCAUGUGCGAGGGAUCCACCCUUUCUCCAGAACCAGGGUUAGUUAACCUGCUCUCCACUCAGGAUGCAGUAGUGCAAUGUAGAAAGCGCACAUCAGAGACAGAGCCAUCUGGGGACAACCUUCUUUCUUCAAAAAUAGAGCGACCAUCAGGGGGUUCUAAGCCUUUCCACAGGUCAAGACCAGGAAGACCUCAGAGCCUAAUCUUAUUCAGUCCUCCUUUCCCCAUCAUGGACCACCCGCCCCCCUCAUCUACAGUGACAGAUUCCAAGGUCCUGCUGUCCCCUAUCAGAAGUCCCACCCAGACAAUUUCCCCUGGCCUUCUUUGUGGGGAGUUGGCAGAAAACACAUGGGUCACACCAGAAGGGGUUACACUUAGGAAUAAAAUGACCAUCCCUAAGAAUGGCCAGAGACUGGAGACCUCAACAAGCUGUUUUUACCAGCCCCAGCGGAGAUCAGUGAUUCUGGAUGGCAGAAGUGGGAGGCAAAUAGAAUGA